AUGGCAAAGAAGAACUCCUCUGCGACCUCGGUUCAGCUGAUGCUGAUCCUCCUCGUUCUGCUUGUGUUCGUUGGUGGCAUCCUUGGACAACGUGGCCCGUCCAUCUGCAGCAACCCACGCCAUCUCCACCGUCGCGGCAGCCAACCACACCCCGCCACCUGUCCCACGCCGCCGCGCCCCACAUCCCCGGACCCGCCGCGGCCCGCCGGGCCCGAGGUCGGCCCCCGCGGCCCAGACCCGGGCCGAGCCGCCCUGCCGCGCCCGAGGCGCCCUGCGUCUGCCGCCGCCCCGCGCCCGCGCCCUCUGCCGCUGCUCGCCGGCGCGCCUCCCCGCCGCCACGCGCCGCCGCCGCCCGGCUGCGCCUCGCAUCCGGCCACCCGAGCUAGCCGGAGGAGCACCGCGCCACGCCUCCCCGUCGCCCGCGCCUCCAGCCAGGCGCCCGAGCUCCUCCGCCCGCCUCGUCGCCGGCAGCCCCCGCGCCACCCCGCCGACCUCGCCGGCGGCCCGGAUCCACGCCGGCCACCACCGCGCCCAUCUCCGGCCGCCUCCCCAGAUCUGCACGCCGUCAUCCCCGGACGGUCCGAGCCCUCCAACCAAACGGCCCCGCUGCACCGCUUCGUCCCGCGGGAUCCCCUCGUCCCGUUCUUCCCCAAGGUCCAAUUUUUGGCCAAGUCCCAGUAA